AUGAGGCAUCGUUCACGGGCGCGCGCUGCGGCCAGCAGCGCGCUUCUCACCGGCGGUGAGGAGGCCCUGGCGGUAUUAGGCGCCAUUGCCGCGGACGAGGUGCGGCAGAAGGAGUGGCUGCGGCCAGCGGAGCCGCAGCCGCGUGUGGUGGGGAGCGACACAGUUGGAGGCGCGGCACCGUGGCAGCAGCAGCAGCAGCAGCAGCAGCAGCAGCAGCCCGUGUUGGAGGAGGAGGCAAAGAUGACUUCAGUGCCCGGCAGCAGCGGCCGUGCUGCCCGUGGCGUUGCCAACGCGCUGCCUGCAAGCCGUCGCACCAGCUCGAGCGGCAGGGAUGAUGAGAGGGAGCGCGAUGCGGCGGGCCCAAGGCAGCCUGCGAUUGCCCACCAGCUGCAGACCCUCGGACUACUCGAGAUCGCGCCCCCUGACCUCACCUGA